UCUCACUACUCCACGUGCAGUUUGUUUACAAUUUUAUGCAAGGGAACAAGUGAAAAAAUAAGUUUUCUUAAUUUCUUAAAAAAUAUAUAUACAAAUUUAAAUAAAUUGCCUAAAAUAUGUCUCAGGAGGAAGAAUUUUCAAAAUGGCUGAGACGCAAAGAAAAAACAUUCGGAGAAAAUCUUAAAUUUGCCAUAAAAUCUUGGCAAUCAGUGGAAUUUACCUUAACGACUAAAUAUGAACUGAUACUAAAGUGGCUGUCAGAGCAAGAUCAUUUAACAAAUGAACAAAUCCUUGAGGAGGAUUUCAAAGAACUACUCAAGUUACGUGCCCAACCAGGUUUGGUAGGUCAACAAGUUAAAAAGGAUUUCGUGCAAUGGUUUUUAAAACAGGCCCAAGGAAAUGUUAGUGAAGAAACUAGAAAAUGGUGUAAUUUGCUGCAACUCUUAGUGGAAUUUGAGUUGUUACAAGACUUAUUUAGGAUGGAUUAUGAACUGCAGUGUCGUGUUUAUGGUGAAAUAUUCCAAAGUUACGAAAAGUAUUUAUUGGCUCUGCAGCAAAGUGGGGGACAAUUUUUAAGCACUUUUGAAACGGAAUUCUUUGCCUCGGUGCUGAAAGGUCUAAAAGAAACUAUCAAACGUUGUGGUGAUAGUGCUUCCUAUGAAAAAGCCUAUACGGAGUUCACCUUACAGCCGUUUGCACAAGUUUUGUUGAUAUUGCGCUCAUUUAAGGUAGACUUCUUUGAUGAACUUUUGGAUAUUGAAAGUAUAUUGUGUGCAGAAAUACCGGAGCGUAAUUUGAUAUAUCGCAUCUUCAAGUUGGCUUUGCCGGUAAGGCUAUUGUGUCUUGAGUGUGCUAUUGUGAAACGUAGGGGAGUGGAAACUUUUCUCAAAUAUUUACUGCAACAUGUAUUUUGUCAUUUCUUGCAACACACAGAUUGCGAGAAGAUGGAUCCUUCAUUAUCAUUAACGACGGCUGCUUAUCUCUUGGAGAUGUUAGGACGCCACGAUGUGAGUUUAAAUAUACAAAUUAACGAAACCCAGACAGCUGUUAAGUAUUUGGGAGCACAAAUCUUGUCAGCAGUUAAAGCUAGAAAAGAAUCCCACUUUAAGGAAGUGUUGAUGUUGUUGUGUGCUGCUUUACGUUUGAAUCCCUUAAUAUUGGAACAAAAUGUUUUCGAAAUUACAGCCUGGAUGAUAUUAUCACCCAAAUCUGGCGAUAAAGAAGAGCAGGAAUUGUUUGAAGAAUAUUUGGUAUUGCUUAUGGAUAUGUUUAGGCGUCUGAGUAGAGCGGAAAAGUUUGUUUCCAAUCUCUUAAAGGCCUUAAAAGAGCAUUUAAAAGAUAUCGAUUUAAGUAGCAACAAAAAACGUAAAGCUAAAAUAGAGUUGGAGACACCACAAAAAAAGAAAAAGAAGUUAGCGGAUAAUACAACAACGGAACAAAACGCUGAAGAUUUUUCUAAAUAUUUGUGUAUAUUAUUCCAUGAUUUCUUUAAACCCUCUCCAACAAAAACAGUAAAUGAUAAUAGGAACCUCUCAGCCAAUGCCUCCUUCUCUAAGCUACAAAACUUUUGGCCUAGUAAUCCGGUGGGUUUGUCUUUCUCGAAAAUUAUUACAGGUUUAGUAUCAAAACCAUCUUUAACCAUUUGGAAAUCUUUACUCUAUGCCUUAAAGGAUCUAAUAGAGUCUUUAAAAACGAAAGAGGAAAUAUCAGAAAAUUCUCUAUUCCUCUUGGAUUUCCAAGCGGCUUUAUUAACACAAUAUUUUGCUGGCUGUAAACUGGCCGAACAAUCGGAUAAAUUUUUAAGCGAACUGCAACAACAAAGAGAAUUUACUGGGGAAAUUUUGAAAUUAUUUGGACAAUUUCUAUUGGAGAAAGAACAUCAGCCACGUACUAUGAGUGCAUUUUUGGAAUUGUCAUAUUUUGCUUCUAAUUUUGAAUUACUUCUCGCCUAUUAUCGUCCCGAUGGUUGUCAACAUGCUUCCCUGCAGCCUGUGCCGGCCGUAGAAAAAUUACAUAGUUUUCUUACAGCCGAAGAAUGGAUCUUAAUACAACAACGUGUUUUAAAUUUUGGCAAAUCCUCUUGUAAACAUUUGUUACAUCGCCUUAAAAUGCAAAAAUCCCAAGCUGAACUUUUACUUCUGUCAACAAAUAAAGAAAGUUUGCCUUUAAAAUCCACCGAUAAUGAAAUCUUAAAUUCUCUUUUGAAGACACCCCAAGCCAAGUGGUAUUUACAGCAAUUGCCUAGAAGUGAAAAAGUCAAUAUUGCUGAAUAUUUUAUUGACAAACCUGAUUUAUUGCAUCUAACCUUUGAUGAUUUAGAAUUAUUGGAAUUUGUGUCUUUGGUUGUUUAUGAGAGUAUUUGCAAAUCUUUGAAUUCUAAACAUUCUUUAUUGAAGUCUUUAUCGGGUAAUUUCGAUAGAGUUCGUGAAUGUGUUGAGGUUACUGCUUGCGAGUUAUUAAUUAAGGAAUUAAUUGAUUUGAUUAUCAAUCGUGCGGAUCAGGAGUAUAAAGUGAAAAAGUUGUCGGUGGAAGAUAUUAAAACAAGUUUGGAUAUAUUAUCGCGUUUGCCUUUGGGCCAGUUGAGACGUCAGCGAAAGACUAUUAUAUUUGCUUUACACUUGAGUUUGUAUCGUGAUUUAAAAGCAGCUCAGGAAGAGGAUUUAGCUUUGCAGUCAUUGGAGAUUUUGAAGGAUCUUUUACAUUUCGGACAACAAGUUUUAAUCUUCAAAUACCUGCCCACCUCACUUCUGCUUAAACUAUUGCCCGCCGAAAGUUGUUGGGAGCUCUAUGAGUUCCUAUUUUCCACCGUAAAAAAUGAGGAAAAAGGUACAGAACAAUUCCUACAAGGACUAACUGAUAUACUCAGUGAAUGCCAAAAAUCUGCAAGUCUAAAUGAAGAACAACGUAAACUGUUACUGGCGGCUAUAGAAACUUUAGCUUCCCUAAGCGGAGCUAGUGCCAAACAUAUGCGUAAACAUUUGGAAGGAUUUUUGAAAAUCUUUUCCGAUUAUCUGCAACAACAUUUUACCGCUACUAGUGAUGGCACUUCCAAAAAAGAUAAGAAAUUUGUACAAAAGACAUUGGCAGGAUUUGCUCCCUAUGCCACAACGGUUUUGGGAAAAGCUGUCAAAGCCAAGGAAACAAAUAAAGUAGCAGAGGAAAAUAAGGAAACAGAAGAAUUUAAACUGGAAGUAGAUGAAGAUUUUAGGCGUAUAAGCAAAAUUUAUAUAGGACACUCGAUGGAUUAUCGCAAUCCUCAUGCUCUACGUUUAAUGCAAGUAGCCUUAAAUCAUCGUGAAUUAUUGCAUUUAGAUCAAGAUGAAAUUGAAUUUGUUUUAACCCAUUACUGGUCUCAAAUUAAUGAGGAUUUAAAGAAUGUAUCAGAGGCACAACAAAAACUUGGCAGUAAAACCAUAGAGUCAGCAGUAAAAAUGAUUAUAGGCAAUAAAACCAAUGAGGAUCUAUUGCUUGUACUCAAAACGAUAGCCAACAAUGUGCAGGAAACAAAUUUCUCCAAUAUUUUAAGACUUUUGUCUCUAAUAGCUAAAUGCCCUUUUAGUACCAUAAAAGGAGCGAUUUUCAAUGAACAAUAUAAACAAAUAACUUUUAACAUAACCUUACGUUUGGCCCGUGAUGAGCAACAGCAUUUUAAUGAUUACGAUUUAAUAGUUAACCUAUUAAAUUGUCAUCAAGCCGUACUGGAUAAUAAAAUGAUACCCAUUUCCACCGAUACCUUGGAUAGUAUUUUAUCUUUUCUUAUGGAUAUUAAUAUUAAAAAAUUUCGCUUGAGCGAUACCAAUCUCAAAGUUUUCCACAACCUCCAUCUGGCCAUGACUGAAGUGUGUUCGUCUUUAAUAAAACAUCGUCAUAUUUUACUAAUGGAUCGUGUGCCUCAAUAUAUGCACAUUUUCAAAGAUCUAUUACAAUCCAUAGUUUGGUAUAAGAGUGAGCGUCAAAAGGAUACUGCAUUGCCCUCUAAUGAAAUAGAUGAUUUGUCUGAGUUGGCCUUGAAACUGGAAGCUUUAAUGCAUUUAAUAGCACAACAUAAAGUGGGUGUUAAGAGAGUGGCUCCUUUCGUUUUGACUUUUAUUAUUAAUUUAAUGGUUGCGAAUAAAAGACCUACUACGUUAUACAAUAAGAUCAAAACCCAUAUUGAGAAUAUUUGCUAUGAAUUGGUGGGCAUUUGUGAUCAUCGUGUGGGUAGAUUUAUUUUACGUUGUUCCAAUGAAGCUGGUCGUCAAUUGUAUGAAUUACUGGUUAAGGAUUAUCAAAAAUAUCAUAAGUUCAAGGGCAAAGUGUAAAGUGUAAAGAAAAGAGUUUAGGGAUGUUUGUGAACAUGAGAUUUUAUGUGUGUUUUAUAUUAAUUUAAAUAAAAAAUUUUUUGUUACACAAAA